AGGAGGCUGUGGCGGUGGCUGCUGGCGACAUGGACAACGCGGGGAAGGAGCGUGAGGCAGUCCAGCUGAUGGCGGAGGCCGAGAAGCGAGUCAAGGCCUCCCACUCCUUCCUCCGAGGGCUGUUUGGAGGAAAUACAAGAAUAGAAGAGGCUUGUGAAAUGUAUACUAGAGCUGCAAAUAUGUUCAAGAUGGCUAAAAAUUGGAGUGCUGCAGGAAAUGCAUUUUGUCAGGCAGCCAAGCUCCAUAUGCAGCUUCAGAGCAAACACGAUUCUGCUACCAGCUUUGUGGAUGCUGGGAAUGCUUACAAAAAGGCAGACCCUCAAGAGGCUAUCAACUGCUUAAAUGCAGCCAUCGACAUUUACACAGACAUGGGAAGGUUUACAAUCGCAGCCAAGCACCACAUUACCAUUGCUGAGAUUUAUGAAACUGAACUUGUAGACAUUGAGAAGGCUAUUGCACAUUAUGAACAAUCAGCUGAUUAUUACAAAGGAGAAGAAUCCAACAGUUCAGCUAACAAGUGUCUGCUGAAGGUGGCAGCAUAUGCCGCCCAGCUUGAGCAGUACCAGAAAGCCAUUGAGAUCUAUGAGCAGGUUGGGGCAAACACCAUGGAUAAUCCUCUGUUGAAGUACAGCGCAAAGGAUUACUUCUUUAAAGCAGCUCUCUGUCACUUCAUAGUCGAUGAGUUAAAUGCCAAGCUUGCUCUUGAGAAAUAUGAGGAAAUGUUUCCAGCAUUUACUGAUUCAAGAGAAUGUAAAUUAUUGAAAAAACUUCUAGAAGCUCAUGAAGAACAGAACAGUGAAGCUUACACUGAAGCAGUGAAGGAAUUUGACUCAAUAUCUCGCCUGGAUCAGUGGCUUACUACCAUGUUGCUGCGUAUCAAAAAGUCCAUCCAAGGGGAUGGAGAGGGAGACGGAGACCUAAAAUGAAACAUUUAUAAGUCUUUGUGGCAUGCAGCUAAUUCCUCUUUAGUUUUGUCUUAAGGCCAAGUGAUCUUUAUGGGAUGCCUAUUUAAUGGCUUAAUUUUGUUGCACAUGAGCAAAAUGAUGUGUGUGUUGUUUAGGCUUGCUGUGUUUGUGUCACUGUUAAGCAGGUGGAUGAGAAGCUCCUGUGCAUAUUUUGGAUGUGACGGGCAAUUUUCAUGCUUGUCAGAGUCCCCAGAGUUUUUUGAAAACUACUUCAGAGUUUUAUUCCAUUUAUUUGAUAUUUGCAGAGCCCAUGUUUAAUUUUGCCACAUAUUUUUAUGUUCUUUUUCUUAGAUUUGAAUACCCAUCCUAAUUGUUCUAAUCAGUGUUUUGCAUAUUCUCUGGAAAUAUGUAUCUGAAAGUAUUCUCUAAAUAUAUGUGUUUAGUUUAGGGUGGUAUCAUUAGGAAUGAGUUUAUGACUUUCCUUAUUGAAAAAUUUUUGUUAUCUUGUGAUUCUUUUGAUGGUUCUGGUGACCAGUUUUUUUUUUGCUUUUGAUAUUGUUCCGUAUGCUAACACGCAUGUGAAAACUUCAUUGUGAAAAAAGGGAGCUUCCUGGCAGUGCUUGCUUAUGUAUAUAGAUGAACGUAAAAGUGGGUUUGACUGCUUUGUACUUACUUACACAUAUAAGAUCUAUAAGAAACGGAUUUUUUUUUCUUGGACAUAGUUUUCACUUUUAGUUGGGGUGAAAAUUCCUUUCUUUAUAUUCACAGUUUUAACUGGUACAUCCCUUUUUUUUACUUUCAUGUUUAUGCACCUUCCCACAUUGAGAUGGUACCCUCUAUGCUCCAGUCAUGUAAAUCCUCUUCAGGGCUGAAAGAUCUAAAUUAUUUAUUGAACAUAAUGGGUCAGGUAGGGUAAAUAUGGUAGAGGUUUUUACUGUAUGCCUCCGACUAGCAAAGAGUUCCAACUAGCUUCCGAGAGAGGGGCCUUUCCUCUUAGCUGAUGGAAUUGUUUUAGCUUGUGUGUUUGAAUUCUAUUCUUUUAUUUUGGUUUACAUAACAUGUGCUCUAUUGAUUUAUGAACUUGACCUUUAUCCAUUAUAUUAUAUGCUGACAUUGUACUUUAGACAUGGUCUUAUUUCUUGAAUCUCCUGUAUGCAUAUUUUUAGGCUUAAAUGAUUUAUGUUUGAUUUGCAUUUGUUGCCAGACAUAGCUUGUGUUUCAUUCUAAAUUGUGCUGCUGUCAUUAAUGACAAGUGAUGAAUUUUCCCAUGUUAUGUAUGAUAGUAACUUAAAUUGAAAAGGUGUUUUCAUUUUUGGAUGCCCUUCACCUGGGUUCGGUGACUUUGGUUGGGCAGAAGUAGAGUGUGCAUGCCCAGACCAAGGGCUCAGCAAGGAGGAAGGUUUGGGGAUGGUGACUAGGUCAGUCUGAGAAAGUAGCAAGAAAGGAAGCUGAAAAAGGCCAGCUGAGGCCUCAUUGUGCUUUCUCAUUGUGGCUAUGAGGAUUCCCUGGCUGUAGUUUGGCGUAAUGUGUGGAAAGUGGACUGAUGGAGAGGAAGGUUAGUGGUGUCACAGUGUUGGUUGAGGGUAGAAGGAAUGGACCAGAAGACAUGGACACUCUAGUGUUGGGCCUUGGAAUCUGAUGAGAAUUUCUUUCUUCUUUAAAAGGUCAGAGGUUCUUAAAAGAAAGCUGGCUAUCACUUACAGUACAAUUUGGGAUGGAGCCCAUUUGAUACUUUUAUUUCCUGUUGGAGUCUCUUAUGCAAAUAUUACAGAAAGAAAAGUGGGUUUUUGUUGCUUUACCUAAUCUAUUCCACAACCAGCCAAAUGCACUUUCAUGAAAAGUUUUUCCCAAAUGCACUUUUGUGAAAGUGAGGCAUAGGAAGUGAUUUUGUAGCCAGUGUCCUCUAGCCAUAAGUCUGUCCCUUCUGGAGAGCAUUUAAAUCCUAGCCAGUCUGCAUGCUUCUUUCAUCACUAGGCUAGAAAGUUUGUUUCUUCUGGUUAAAAGAAUCUGUUGGUCUGACCACAUAAAAACCAAAUGAUUUCUUUUAAGGCAAUUCCGUUUAGCUUUUCUCAUUAUCCCCUAAGAAACCCCUGUCUGAAAAAGAGUUAUGAUUUUUAAAAAUAGUAUUGACAAUAUUUUAUGUCCAUCAGAGACUUACUUGUUUAUAUUGAAAUAACACUGUGUUAAGAAUGUUAUUAUUUCACACAAAAGAGUAAAAAUAACUGUAAUGGCUAGAACAGAUCUACUAGAAUAUAAAAAGAAAAUGAGAGGGAAAAUGUUCCAUUAGCAGGAUCCAAACUUACUUCCUUGAAAUGUCCCAUCAGCAAACAUAGGGUAGAACCAUGACUCGGAAGGCUAAGCUAGGUUCUCAGGAUUUAUAGAAUGUUAUUUAUGAACAAAAUUUAGUGACUGUUUAUGUUAAUUAUUGUAUUUUAACAAAUCUGGGGUUAGUUCAUAGUCAAAGUCAGUUAAAAUUUCUUACAGGAAAGCUUUGCUUUUUGUGGCAACAUUUUUAUAGCUUGUGUGAGUUCCUUUUUUAUUUGAAAAUGGUAUUUUUGCAGUCAUGAUCAUGUGUGAUGGUGUCACUGUAACCAAAGUGUGUGCAUUUAUUGUUUCCUCUGAUACUGUGUAUUUAGAAUAUCCAAAUGCAAACCUUUAUGGCUUUGGAGGGUUUGGCACAACAGCAUGUUACCCACCACCUAUGAUGCGUGCACAGGUUCCUGCCUGUGAAGUUCUGAGUCAGUCACUAUGGUGUUCUCCUUUCUAACGCUCUCAGGCAGAGGAUUGUAUUAUGAAAACUAACCAUGUGAUGAUAAAUCUACCUUAGCAGAAAAGAGUAUGUUUUAUGUGAGCCUGUUCAGUAAAUAAAGUGGAAAUUAUGAGUAAUAU